AUGGAUGAAGGGAUUCAACGAUUGAAAACAAAUGUUGGUGGUUAUAUGAAAUCAAUGGCAAAAACUGUUCCCAUCAAUUGGGUGGACUUUCAAACUAAGGUACAAGAAGCUGGGAAGACAACAAUGCACAUGUCUUUGUAUAAGAUCACUAAGAUUGCUGUAGAUUGUGGUAUUAAUGAAAAUAACGUCAUCCAUGUCCUUAACUACCUUAAUGAUGUCGGAAUCAUUCUGUAUUCGCCCACUAACAAGAAGUUGGAGAACACAGUGAUUACUAACAUCCAUAUGCUGAUUGGUAUCUUCAUGAAAAUCAUUACAGUUGUGAAACCUGAUGAUGUUGAUAAGGUUCCAGUGAUAGUAAAGUAUUGGCGUAAAUUAGAUAAAGAAGGGAUUCUUGCUGAAAAGCUAGUUCGUUAUUUAUGGAAAGAUGAACUUACUGGCAGUCACGAUGAUAAUGACGUCUUUGAAGACUGCAUUGAACUCAUGAAGUCAUUCGGGCUUCUCUUUGAAAAGAAUGAAUCAGGAGAGGAUGGUAGACUAUUUGUCGUCCCUUCUCGGAUGAAGACCAAGCCUAAUAAUAGGUUGGAGAUUAGGAAAGACGAGGAGCAGACAGUAUCUAUCUAUGUGACACCUAAAGACUUUCUCCCCGACGCUGUCUACGAUGUCUUGGUCGUUAGAUUUGUAAGCCUGAGUCAGGAUAGAGGUUACCGUGAUGAGCCUAAAUUGUUUCAGAAUAAGGCUGAAAUUAUAUUCGAUCGUAAGCAUUAUGUCAGACUAGGUCGGAUUUACAUUGAUAACAAACAGUGUUUGAAGCUUGAAAUAUCACGGAUGAAAGAGAGGGACGCACACUGUGUAGACAAGCCAACGUGCAAGCCGCAUCCCAGCGUAUGUACAGAGGUUUUAAGCGUUUUAAAGCAACAUCUAGAUGAGUUAUAUCCGUCUAAGAAAGUUGUCGGCUAUGAACUGAACAUACUUUGCUUUGUCUGUAUGAAUCCUGAGACACCACACUUUCAAGAUCUUGAGGAAUGCUUAAAGAAUGACUGUAUAAAUUGUGAUAAAACAGGAGAGCAUAUAGUAAUGCCAACUGUUGAAGUACAGAAUCUAUUUGUGGCCGAUUUGCCUGUCGAUAACGAAAGAAAUAUAUCAGACUCAGACGAUUUUGGAGUGAAAAAGCUCAAGAUCUGUCAUAAAACAGACGAAGACAUUGGACGUGCAGAAGGUAUGCUAUUGUCUUUUGAAAUGAUUCAUAAUUUAAUAUAUUAG